CAUUCUUUGAAGAAUUCGGUAUUAAGUUUCUGCAUGUUUUUUGCUUUAAGCUUUAUUUUUCUGAAUUCCAAAUCCUGAGGGUUGAGUCAUCCAUUUUUAGAUAGACCCAUAAACUUGGAGAAGCCAUAGUUUCGAGGACUCAUAGCAGCAUUUGGGUCCCCCUUCCUCUUCCCAAAGUGAUUGUUUUUGUUUAGUACUUGCCAAAAGUACUUAUCAAGCUUUGUACAUAUUUAGAUCUACGAAUUUUAAUGGUAACAUCUUUCUGUGUUUUGAUGCAGUGCACACACAAAAAAAGUUUUUUUGUUCUCCCAAACUUGAACUUCUUUAUUCCAGUCUAGUGGAUCGUUAAUCAUUUCACUUCCCAACUUUAAAAGCUACUCCUUGGCAUCUCUUGUGGUUUUGGAAAACUUUUGAAUGAAUUCAAAAGAUCAGAAAUGAUCUUUUUGUUUGGGUUUGUUCUUUGUGAUUUAGUUCAACUCAUCCACACUGAUUAAACAUUUGUUAAAAAUUAUCAAAUGGUUACAGUCCUGUAGUGAUCUUUUUUAUCUUGGUGAUAUAAAUUUGUUUGACUUUUGUUCACCCCCAUUUAAUCAUUUCAGUGGGAAACUACUUCACCAUGGAAUAAUUCUUCCACACUCCUGCUAGCUGGGCCCAGGCCCAUGUUUCUUAUUCACGUCUCCGCCAUAUCUAAGUCCAAGACCUCCAUGUAGUGGCUGACUUUCAGCUGAACCACAGAUGGUGAUUUAAAUGAUGAAAAAAAUGGUUCAAUCUGGAUUGAAAUCCUAUUUUUUUUCUAAAGGGACUUAAACAGAGCUUCUAUCCAUGACAGCGACUUUAAGUGUCAACAUAUUUGGCGUAUGUUUAGUUGUUUAUCACCUAUUGCAUGUGAAUUGCCCACUAAGCCUUCUUUCUCCCAUUUUUACCUUCUGGUAAAAUAGAACUCUCUCUCUCUCUCUUUUUUUUUUUUUACAGGUUGAAUAUAGUUUUGAUUAUAAACAAAGCAGCAUAACAAAAAUUGCUUAACUACUCUUACUGCUUUUUUACUGAAUGAUCAUCUAUAAAUAUUAGAAGAUAGUUUGAAUUACAUUUCUGGCAAAAUACAGGACAGACUGCAUGAGAAAUAAAUGUGCCACUGUCAAGAAAAUAAAAACUUCACUGUUUAGAAGUAUUGAGGGGAAGGAUUGUGUCCCUCUGACUCACUGAAACUGUUACAUGCCAUUAGGCUUACUGUAAACUAUCCCUUGAUGAAUUCUUCAUUGGACAAUGGGCCUAAGAAUCCGAGGUGUCUUCUUGCUUUUCCAGAGCAGAAUAGGACGCUGGUGCUUAAAUGAAAGUUGCAGAGCACAUAAUAGGAUGUAGCUAAAGUUACUGACCUACCACAUCUCACUUUCAGGAAAGUAGUGGGAGAGAUUGUGUCUUGAGAAGAAAGGCAUUUUAGAGGUAUUACAAGUGGAUAAAUAAUGUGCACUGCUCUGAGCCCAAAGGUACGCAGUGGACCUGGCCUCUCUGAUAUGCAUCAGUAUAGCCAGUGGCUGGCCAGCAGACAUGAAGCUAAUUUGCUACCGAUGAAAGAAGAUCUGGCCUUGUGGUUAACCAAUCUAUUAGGGAAGGAGAUAACGGCAGAAACGUUUAUGGAGAAAUUGGACAAUGGCGCCUUGCUCUGUCAACUUGCAGAAACUGUUCAGGAGAAAUUCAAAGAGAGCAUGGAUGCUAAUAAGCCCGCAAAGAAUCUGCCCUUGAAGAAGAUUCCAUGCAAAGCCAGUGCACCCCCGGGCUCCUUUUUUGCCCGAGACAAUACAGCAAAUUUCUUAUCCUGGUGCCGAGAUUUAGGGGUAGAUGAAACAUGUUUAUUUGAAUCGGAAGGUUUGGUUCUCCACAAGCAACCCAGAGAAGUGUGUCUCUGUUUGCUAGAGCUGGGCCGGAUUGCAGCCAGGUAUGGCGUGGAGCCUCCGGGUUUGAUAAAAUUGGAAAAAGAGAUUGAACAAGAAGAAACCCUCUCUGCCCCUUCUCCGUCGCCGUCUCCUUCAUCCAAGUCUUCUGGGAAAAAGAGUACAGGAAACUUGCUGGAUGACGCCGUGAAAAGGAUUUCCGAGGACCCUCCCUGCAAAUGCCCAAGCAAGUUCUGCGUGGAGAGGCUGUCUCAAGGGAGAUACCGAGUGGGAGAGAAGAUCCUCUUCAUCAGGGGUCUGCAUGGUUGUUACUAUGUCUCCACAGCCAAAGCCAGGCAGACACUUAAGAUGCUGCACAACAAACACGUCAUGGUCCGCGUGGGAGGCGGCUGGGAGACCUUCGCGGGGUACUUGCUGAAGCACGACCCCUGCCGGGUGCUGCAGAUCUCCCGUGUGGAUGGCAAGACGUCCCCCAUCCAGAGCAAAUCCCCGACCCUUAAGGACAUGAACCCAGACAAUUACCUGGUGGUCUCGGCCAACUCUAAGGCUAAGAAGGAGAUUAAGUGAAACCAGCUGGUCACGACAAGGGGACUCUCCUAGUGGCCCGUGCCGUGCCCACUUCUCCAGUGUAGUCAGUUUAGCUCACAGGCUCUGAAAAUUACUUUGGAAAAAGGGGUAACACACAGAAAAAUGUCCUCAUACUGAAAGAGGUUCUAAGAGUAGCACUAUUUAUUUUAAUGCUUCUUUAGAACAUGGCCUGUGAAAAAUUCUAAAAUCGGAUUUAGAUUAGAGAAACUGUAGGCGAAUUAUUACGUCUCGAUAGGCGAGCCCAGUACUUAGAACACAGUGUUGGAAACACAGCUCUAGCUAGAGGGAAAAACUGUUGUUAGGAGAAAAGAUUUAGGAUUUACAGAUAAGGAAACAGGAAGUGCCUCCUUUAUGUCUACAGAGUAAAAGCACCCCAGACAUUUUUAUAAUUGCAGGAUUUUAAAGCUGAUUUUUAAAACAGUGACAAUUAGUGUGACAAUGUGCUACCAAAAAUAUCCGACAGCACUUUAAAUCCACAUGGAGUAUUCGCAACAGGAAUGCUUGGCUGGAGAGGCCACUUCAGAAAAGUUUACAUUCACUUGGAAGAUUGCCUUAAAGCUGAUCCCUUACCUAUGACCAAAUAUCUGGGGUCCUUUUGGAAGUUUUCAGCGCACCCCUUAGAAAACGGCUUAUGAAUCGUCCCACACAUUCCUGAGAAACGUGGCUGUGCUGAGACUGACAGUGCAAUUCACACGCAUAAGCUGACAUUUAUAUUUUGACAGAGUAAACUGUACAGUCAAAUGUUCAUUGACUUCAUGUUAUUUUAAUAAGCGUUCUUAUUAAAGUAUACCUUUAGUUAAUCCUACUUUGCUAUGCUGUCUAGUCAAGUCCAUUCACUGUAGCUAAUGAUGUUACAGACCUAUGUAUACCCUUGUACACCUAGGACACAGCUGUUUUGUACCCAUAAACAGCAAAAUAUUGUCCUCGCUGAUUCAACAAUUAAAGAGAGAAAUUGAAACAUU